CCCCACUUUCCUCCUGCGUAUAUAAGAAGCCGAAGCAAGCAAACCCCACAGUCACUGUCUCUCCAACACGAAAAAAAAAAGGAACCGACUCCCAGCCUCCCUCCAGAAAGCUUCCCGAUCACUGAUUGUUUCUCCGGCGCCUUCCUUCGGCGGCCCGUUCGUCUUCCACACGCAGAUUGAAUGGCGGACGAUGUUCCCUGCUGUGGAACUCAGUUCUCCCUCUACGUCCUGGCGGUUAUCGGACUGGUGAUCUUCGCCGGUCUAAUGGCCGGCCUCACUCUCGGCCUCAUGUCCCUGGGCCUCGUCGACCUCGAAGUCCUCAUCAAGUCCGGCCGCCCGCUGGACCGCAUCCACGCCGCCAAGAUAUUUCCAGUGGUAAAGAAUCAACACCUUUUGUUGUGUACUCUCUUGAUCGGCAAUGCUCUUGCCAUGGAGGCUCUGCCUAUAUGCUUGGACAAGCUUGCACCUCCGUACAUUGCAAUCUUGGUGUCAGUCACUCUUGUUCUUCUAUUUGGGGAGAUAUUGCCACAAGCAAUCUGCACACGCUAUGGGUUGACCGUCGGAGCAACGUUGGCUCCCCUUGUUCGUUGCCUGCUUGUUCUCUUCUACCCUGUUGCAUAUCCAAUCAGUAAGGUCUUGGAUUGGAUGUUGGGCAAGGGGCAUGCAGCUGUUUUGCGGAGAGCAGAACUGAAGACUUUUGUUAACUUUCAUGCCAAUGAGGCGGGGAAAGGUGGUGAUUUGACACAUGAUGAGGCUACUAUAAUCACUGGAGCGCUUGAUUUAACUGAAAAGACUGCUAAAGAUGCCAUGACUCCCAUAUCAAAGGCAUUCUCGCUGGAUCUGGAUGCCGUUCUUAAUUUGUGGGUUUGUGGUCCUAGGGAGACACUUAAUGCAAUUAUGACUAUGGGGCAUAGUAGAGUCCCAGUUUAUUCGGGAAGUCCGUCAAAUAUAAUUGGACUCAUUUUGGUGAAAAAUCUCUUGACAGUUGAUUCUAGAGAUUCUGUCCCGGUGAGGAAGAUGACCAUAAGGAAAAUAACUAGGGUUUCUGAAGACAUACCACUAUAUGAUAUACUAAAUGAAUUCCAAAAGGGUCACAGUCACAUCGCUGUUGUUUAUAAAGAUUGGAAUUUGAACAAAAAAGAUGGUGAAGAGCUCGACUUUAAAGACAGUUGCAAGAAGAGCGCAGGAGCUGAGACAUCCGCUACAACAGAUGACAACGACAUUGGCCCCUCCACCGUUGCUGAAAACCCGACAGUUGAUAUUAGUCAAUCGAAUAGGAAUAAUUCGCCUCAGGUGAUUCCUUCCUUCAAGAAGCGUCACAGAGGAUGUUCGUAUUGCAUAUUGGAUAUCGAAAAUGGUUCUAUUCCAGAAUUCCCAUCUAAUGAAGAAGUGGUUGGUGUGAUCACCAUGGAGGACGUGAUUGAAGAGCUCCUUCAGGAAGAGAUAUUGGAUGAAACAGAUGAAUACGUUAACCUCCAUAACAGGAUCAAAAUCAACAUGAAUGCUUCUCCUUUGCACGCACAAACUUCCGGUGCGAAUCUCACGUCUGUCACCGAUGUCGGAACUCCCUCGACUUCCAUGUUGUCCACAUGACCAUCACUGACUGUAUCCAUCUCAACAGGCAGUUCCUCGGGGGCCUCGUCCACUGCAACGAAUAAUCAUCGAGCUCAUGAUAAACAAGUACCGAACAUUCAAGGAGAGCUAUAGUCAUUGCCUCCUUCUGUGUUGAGGUCGGAUCUCUCUUAUACAUGGAUCCUGAAACCUAAAUCACAAGAGAUCCAUAAUAUAUAAUGAAAGAUUGUUAUAAAUAGACCAACCCAACACAAAAUGUAAAAUAUUUAGGUGCUUCAUAUCCUUUUUCUCAUUAAAUAUUUAGGAAUGUAAGAUCGGUAUAGUAGCCUGAGAGAUAAGUUACAGGUGCUACAAAGGAAGCUCAAAAGUAUAUUCAUGUAUUAGAAUUGUAUUGUUAGUAUUUUUACUCAAAACACUGAGAGGGUGAAAGUAUGUAAUCGUGUUGAUGUUUCUUUUUGUACAUCUUUUCUCAUUUAAUUUACAUGUACAGAGAGGGAGAAAAUAUAUUUUCGUGUGCCUUGUUUUAAAGACAUAUUCCAAUGAAUCUAAGGAAAUAAUGGAUUGGUGAC